AUGUCACUUUUAACCAGCCUCGACGACGACGAUGACUACGUUGCCAAACUCCUCGUCGAGGAUGCCCGGAAGAGUUCGCUGCGGUAUGCUUCCCAGGGCAUGUCUGCCUUGCUGCCCAAAAGACCUGCGGGUUCCGCGCCGAAACCGAACACUCGCUUUCUGAAAACACUGGUCCGUGAAGCCGACAGUCACAAUGCGAAAUUGAAAGAGAAGGAGGAACUAGAGGCAAGGAUCCGUCUACAGAACAUUAGAGAUGCGGAGCGAGACGCUAGAAAACAUCGGCGACGGGAGCGGGAUGAUGGGGAACAUUAUGAAAGGGACCGGAAGAGACGCCGAACGAGUGAUGCUCGUGAGGACGACAGGGAAGCCCAGAGAGACAAACGAGACGGCACUCGAGUGUCUGGACACAGCAGGAACCCGAAGCGGCAAAGGGAACGAGACGAAAAGAAAAGGAGGCGGCGCAAACACCAGCAUGAAAAUGGCGACUCCGACGAGUUCCAUGAGUAUAAACGGUCUCGACAUAAUGACUCUCCACGGCGAAGAAGAUCUCGUUCACGAUCCAGGUCCAGAAGCAGGGAAAGGAGACCAGGGGAGACACGCAAAAGGCACAGACAACCAGACAGUGAACGCAGAUUUCGUCAGCAUUCUCCGCCCAGCGACAUGGAGCUAUCAGGAUCAAAGGAUACACACCGUCGUGCUCGUGCCUCGUCGUCAUCUUCAACCUCUUCUGACCCUCUCGCUCAGCUCAUUGGUCCGCACCCAAUAUCGACCGUUGACCAGCGUCCCCGGCGCCGUGGCCGAGGAUUCAAUCACCACAACCACACAUCUCACCAGUCCCGUUCCAACAUCGACGCCCACUUCUCCCCGACAUACGACCCCUCCACACACGACGCGGCCCUCGACUCGGACGAACUAAACCCAGAAGACCAAGCAGGCGACCCCGACGACGAAUGGACAUCGGCGCUCACCGCGCUUCGAGACCGGAGAGCCUGGCGCGCGAAGCAGGCCGAGCGCAUGAAAGACGCCGGGUUCACCGCCGAGGAGAUUGCACGGUGGGAAAAGUCGGCCUCUACGUCUCGUGGCCUGCUGGCCAACGACGACAACGACGGUGACGUCCGCGAUGUCAAGUGGCGCAAGCGAGGCGAGGAGCGUGAAUGGGACAUUGGCAAGGAGAGAAGCCCCGAGACAGAUCCCGAUCCCGAGCCCACUCCCGUCAUGGACACCAGACCCGCGCGCAAGCACAGACGGGGCGACGUGCAGAACGGAGAGGGCAAGAAGCCACGACCAGAUGUCGAUGCCGCGUGGCGCAGACCCGAGAGCGCCCUCCUGAGGCAGUUCAAGAGUGCUCUCCGUUGA